CGUUUAUAUUUAUAUAUGUACAUAUAUAUUGUAUAACUUGUUAUCUUAUCUUGAGACCACAAAGGUAUUGGACGUUAACUGUGUCGAGGUUUAAAUGAUUUAUUUAUUUAUCUGUUGGUUUUUAAAGUUUCUUUUUAAUGUAAAUUGUUUAUCGUUGCCAGAAACGGUGCAAUAUUUGUCUUAUGAAGUGGAGAAGCUUCAAAUAAAAACAUCUACCCAUGGAACGCCGCCCUUUUCGUGGCAAAAAGACCAAGGAUUAUAUCCGAGUCAUGUAAAACUUAAUUUCCAUGGAGAAUUGGAAAUUGCGGAAAUACGGGAGCUUUUUAAAGUGUUCGACAACAACAUGUUCGCUACUGCUUGGAUUUCUAGUUGCCUGAUUGAAGCUUCAAUGUACGGAAUCGGACCUGUUCCAAAAUCCGAACAGAUACAUUUGUCACUCAAGGCAAUUGAACAAUAUCAUGAUCGAAAUAGACCUUAUAAUUAUUCAAUCAUGACCUUUUGGUCGCAGGUCUAUAAUGAAAGAAACCGGACGUGGGAAAGUGCUCCAAAAAAUCUGUUAGAUUUGUUCGAUCUUACUAACAAGUUUCCAAGCAAACUCUUGGAGGAUUUUCUAGAUUUUAUUGGAUUGAAAGACGUUGCAGAAGUUAUUGAAAAACUCCUGAAGGAAAAGGAUAUUUUUUUGCAGGCAUUCCAUAUUCCACCAGAUUUUGACGAUACCUUUGUUAAUAUUGGCCUGGGAAGUCUACUCAAAGAGAGCCAAUUUACUGAUUUAUACACAGAAUGGAACAAAGCCAACACAAAUAUAACAUCCGCUUUUACAGCUCUUAAAAAGUAUGCCUAUCGUCCAUUCUCACCAGACACAAACCAAAAUUCAAUCGACCCACGGACAUACUUCUAUCUUCGAAAUUUCCUGACGGAAAAUUUGACAAAAUCAGCAGCUUUGGUUCCUACAUGGGUACAGAAUGUGGAUGAAGCUAAAGCAGAAUUCUACAAGGGUGUGUCCAUGCCUUUUACAAUUAACAAUGUCGAUGUUACGGUAUCUGCUAAUGCCGUGUUUGGUAUAACAGCUAGCCUUCUUAGUGGACUGGUACCCAAGGAAACAUUCGAUGCCGAUCUUCAAAAUAUAUACAACCAUACAACUUUAAUGGUUAGCUACGAACUUGCCAAUAAUUUCUCUAAUCGACGUGACCUUGCACUGACAUACUAUCCCUCUAAAAUUGAAUGCUAUUGGUUUACAGCAAGAACACUAGCUAUGCUCAGGCGCUUUAAAAAGACACAGCCACUACCGUUCCAAAUAAUGGAUACAGUAUUAAACAGAUUCAUCGACGUAUUUAAUGGCCCUGUUCUAGAUGAUAUAGUAAAAUCUGCAGUUAUAGACGAGUCGCAAAGAAUUUAUUUUGACGAUUUUCUUGGAGAUGGUGAUAUAGGGUUAGAUGGAUCUGACCUUAAAAGAGCUGAAGACCGAUUAUUUACAACUUCUAUGGCUUUGAAUACAUUGAUAGACGCAUUCACUGUAUUUGAUCAAGCCACUAAAAAACUACAGUGGGUUGGCACUUCUGGUACUAUCAAUAAAGUUAAGAAAUAUGUUGAUGGGUCUGUUUCCUUUCUUAAAGACUUUACAUUGGGUGGUUCCUAUAAAACUUGGAAUGCGUUUUUCUCUGGAUCUGGUAAAGGUUUAAAAAGUUUGCCAUUUUUCUAUCCAGCAAAUAGGCUAGAAUUUUUCAACGGCACAAAAAUUAAACCCGACAAAUUUCCUCGUGGUGGUGCUUUCGUCGUUGGAUUUGAAGGCGUUGUUUCGGAUUCUGAAUAUGCUGAGAUGAUAAAACAACCACAUUUUGGGCAACCUACACCAAUAGAUUUUGAUGGAUUUAAUCCUAAAAGUGAACCGGAAGGUUUUUUUCCAUUUUGGUCAUCAGAUGCCUAUACUUAUGCUACGACAAUGUUAGGAAUUUCUAAAUAUCUAAACAUUGACACAGUGCAAAUUUAGACAAGUUUUACAUGUAAACCAAAUGACUAUUGCGUAUACUAUAUUUCGCGUUUACCACUUUCUAGCCAACUUUGCGGCUUUAAUAUCACAAUUUUCAAAUUAACUUCAUGUACUUGAAUAAUUUUUCAUAUCAGCGACGAGUAACUACCCAUGCCUUUGCGAAAAAAAGUUGGUUAACAGUAUUUUUCAUAAUAAAUUUAGGUUUUUUUUCACUAAUUAUCAUGAUUAACAUGUGUACUUUUGGUGUCAGACCACCAAUUACUCCUUCCAAUUUAGAACGUAAUGUAAAAGUAGUCCUACUCUGACACAAAAUAGUGCUUUUGAUGUCAUUGUUUACUUAAACUUACCAACAAAUUUGCAGAAAUGAAACUUUUGGUGAAAGGGAAAUAUAUUAAGACCAUUUUGAGCCAAAAUUCACUUGCCUAUGAGCUUGUAUUAAAAAUUCAUGAUUAAUGCGCUACAUAGUACACUAAUUUUAGAUUUCCAGAAAACCGGGAAUUAUUUUGGUAGUACCUGUCUUUUCAAAUUCAGAAAUUUGUGACAAGACUUUAAACAUUAGUUGAAAAUUGGCAUGUAGAAAGGUGAUACAUGUACAAUUCAGGAUAUACCUGGUUUCCUUGAAGUUAAACUUAAGGUAAAAUAUUUAGAAAGCUGUGAAAAUUGCAAAAUUUGGUUGAACAGAUAGGGAUUUUUAAUUGGUGGUCUGACAC